GUAGGCGUUUUUUGCUGUGUUGAAUUGUCAACCUUUGCUGACCUUGAACAAAGCUCAAUUUUAUUUGUUGAACCUGCCUUCCUGAGCCAUAGAGGGCGACGUACACGAAAUCGUCUCUAAAAGUGCCUCGAGAUUGUAUUUUAUGGUUAGCGAUGUGUCAUCACAAUACAGUCAGUCAUUGGUCAUCACCAAAACACUUGAAGUAAAGGGUUGAAACGGUGCAAAUAUUAACGAAAUCAACUGACAGCAACACCUUGUACAUGUAUUUGUUUACUAACAUUCAUGGAAACGAUACAUAUUUCAACGCAAAGGAUCCCUGAGGAGUCUUGUCUUCUUGAUUAGCGCUAACUUCAUCAUACUGCAACGUUGUUGUUUCCCCGUUGGACUGCAGCUGCAAGCUAACGUUAGCUUAGCUGGCUAAUUCCCUGUAUCCCCUCUGCCUCGUCGGGACGGGGUCGAAAUGUCCUGCUGCCUGCUCGAGUUCUGCCGGGUCCAAGAACUCAAAGCAGUCCGGGAGUUCUUGUUCCAGAACCAGCAAAACAACCCUUCUUUGGGGGACAAGAAAACAGAGAAUGAGCUGGCCUGGGACGACUCAGACUGGGGGUCAUGGGAUAACCCUGAGGCCAAAGAAGAUGGCAGUGGCACCACCACGGGGGUGGUGGAGGACAGUGCUGCAGGGAGUGCCCCCUGGCUGCAGGACUGUGUGGUUUCUCUGUCUCCCUGCUCAGACCUGAUGGUCGUUGCCAAAGACCACAAGGCUGUGUUUCUCUCAGCGAAGUGGCGGACAGAUGAUGGCGGCCGAGAGGAGAUGACCCUGGCUGUGUCCUGGAGUGGAACUCUCAGCACAGAGGAGGGGGAGAGUGUGAGCAGUGUCAUCUGUAUACCUCUGGCCAGCCAGAAAAGGAGUUCCACAGGUCGGCCAGACUGGACUUGUAUUGUAGUGGGCUUCUCAUCUGGUUAUGUUCGCUUCUACACAGAGAGUGGGGUCCUACUCCUAGCCCAGCUGUUGAAUGAGGAUCCUGUCCUGAGGCUCAAGUGUCGCACCUACGAGAUCCCCCGCCACCCUGGUGUCACCGAGCAGCAUGAGGAGCUGAGCAUUCUUUACCCAGCAGCCCUGGUCACUAUUGAUGGCUUCAGUCUCUUUCAGUCUCUACGCGCCUGCAGAAACCAGGUGGCUCGAGAGUUCGCCAGAAAGGAUGCAGCAGCGGCAGCAGGCAGUGAGGUGGUCCAUCCUCCUCCUCUGGCCUAUAAGAAGUGGGGUCUACAGGAUAUGGACACCAUCGUAGACCACAGCAGCGUGGGUAUAAUGACGCUGUGUGUGUUUGACCAGAUGAAGAAUGCGUCUAUCCUGGGGGGUUUCCAUGCCUCUGUGAAGGGCAGCCCCCCUGCCAUGAGUCAGUACAUAACUGUGGGGGGAGGACCCUACACAGGCUUCUACUAUGCCAUUGAGGGUAGCUCCCAGCCUCUCCUCUCCCAUGUGGCUCUGGCUGUGGCGAGCAAACUCACAUCGGCCUUGUUCAGCGCCGCCAGUGGGUGGCUGGGCUGGAAGAAACAGAGUGAGGAGGAGCCAACUCAGAAACAGAAGCCCAAGGUGGAGCCGGCCACGCCCAUGGCAGUCAGGUUUGGUCUCCCAGACUCGCGGCGCCACGGGGAGUUCAUCUGUCUGUCCCCCUGUAACACUCUGGCUGGGGUCACGGACGACUUCGGCAGGGUCACGCUGCUUGACGUGGGGAGAGGCAUAGCUAUCCGCAUGUGGAAGGGAUACCGGGAUGCCCAGCUGGGUUGGGUACAGGUGUCUGAGGGGCGGGGCGAGCGCGAGUCCUCACCCUCUGCGCCCCUCCCUCGGCGCCACGCCCAGUUCCUGGUCAUCUAUGCACCCAGGAGAGGCAUCCUGGAGGUGUGGGGCACACAGCAGGGGCCCAGAGUAGGAGCCUUCACUGUAGGGAAACACUGCAGGUUGCUGUAUGCAGGCUACCGGCUGAUGGGGGUGAACAGUGUGACUAGUCAGGGCUGGUUGCUCCACACACAGCAGGUGUGUCUGUUUGACCCUGCUACUGGAGCGCUACGCACUGUCACUGUCCCCUUCCAUCUGGCCCUCAGUGAUAAGAAGAGUGAGAGGGCGAAGGACAUGCACCUGCUGAAGAGACUGACCACACUACUGAAGAGCAGAGAGGUGGAACCAGAUAUCCUGGAGAGCGAGGCCCAGAGUGUACUGCUGGACAUCAAACACCCUGCCGUUAAGAAACAGGCCCUGGAGUCUUUGCUAGCCAAUAAGAAUGCUCCAGUCUCCUGUCUGACCAACAUCACCCGAGUCUUACUGGCCAGUCUCAAAGGGCAAGACCCUGAGGCGGUAGAUGAAGGUUUGUUCCAGUUGUGUUCCUCCCAGCUGAAACUGCUGCAGCUCUACACAGACAUCCAACAGCUCCACUCUACUGGGGAGGCCACCACAGACACACACACUGAACCUACGGAGGUUGCAGGUAUAGAGGAGGAGCUGGCCCGUGUCUCCCCUACCCUGCAGCGCUACGCAGAGCUCACAUCCGGCUCCCGCCCCUCCGUCUCUUUCGCCCUGGACUCCCCCGACGCAUCACUUCCUGUCCGGAGCUUUCUGUCCCAGAUGGAGUGUGAGGGAGAGGAGAUCAGAGUGGUGCCAGGGCCCAACGCAGACUGGACACAGCUUGGGAGCUUUCUGUUCUGGGGCUGUCUGACAGGAGAGAGCCCUCUACAGAAAGUCUGUACCACACUGCAGAAGACCGGCAUCAGCCCACAGCAACUACUGUCUCUGCUGCUGAGUGUAUGGCUGCACAGAGAGAAGGAAGUAUUGAAAAAAACAGAGGCCGUCAGACACCUACACACACUGCUCACUGCCCUCAGCUCCAUGAAAGGUGCGGUGGAGGAGUCGUGGGACAUGCAGUGUGUCUCCCCCUGGUGGCAGCAGGUGCGGUCUGCGUGUGUCCAGUCCCACAGUUCUGCUGCCGCUCUGUUGGCUGCAAUAGUGGCUCACCGCGCUGCUAAAGCUAACAUUACCAUCCUGGCUGAAACCAAGUUCCAGUCGGAGUGGGAGGCGGUGUCGUUGGAGCUGGAGCAGUGGGCGGUGUGUGUGAGACAGCUGGAGGACGUGUUGUCCCUGCAGACACUGCUGUGUGUGCCUCCUCCUCAGGGAACACCAGGGAGCGCCACACCACACUGCUCAGUCAAAGCCCUGCUGGAGGGGGGCCGAGGUGGUAUAGCAGACAGCGUGGCUAAGUGGGUGUUCAGGCAGGACUUGGCCCCUGAGCGGCUGAAGGACAUGCUGCAGAGGAGGGGGGAGGCCGAGAGCACGGAACAGUCCUCCCAGCCAGAGCAGGGGAAGGGAGAAAAGAGCCAGGAGGAUGCAGCCUUCAACAGGGCAGCAGAGCUGCUGGUGUCUGUGUGUCAGCGUUUCCCAGACUCCCUCUCUCCUGACCUGCUGUUUGCCCACUGCUGCUGGGAGUACGUGGUGCAGUGGAACAAAGACCCAGAGGAGGGGAGAUAUCUUAGUUGGGCGGUGGAACAUCUGAAGCUAGUCUCAAGUCCUCACAUCCAGCUGGGCAUCUCUUCAAUGAUGUGGAACACGUUCAUCGUUAAAUGUUUCUCAGCUGCUGCUUUCCUUAUAGAGAAGGUGGGGAAGGCCCCUAAGGACCGCCUGUGUCGACGGGAUGUGGGAAUGGGAGACUGUGCCAUGACAGCAUUCCUGGGCUCCUGUGUUCAGCUGCUACAGAUUCUGAUGGAGGUACGGAUCAAAAAAGAUGGAUGGAUGCAUACAGUUGGGCAGAUUAAAAUGUUUCCCUGCGUUGCAGCACAGGCAGACUCGGGGGUAGAAGAGGUGACUCCUCCCGAGCUCUGUGUGGAGGAGGUGUGGGGGGAAGCAGAGGGUCCUGCCUCCCUAGCAGAGCUAGCCCUGGAGCAGAAGGGAGUUCACUACCCCCUUGUACAACACCACUAUCUCCUGGCCUCUCUACUCCACACUGCUAUGACCUUCAGUCUCAGGGUCAAACCACUCAGCCUGUUCGACAGCAAGGGUAAGAAUGCCUUCUUUAGAGAGCUGUCGUCCAUCCAGCUGAUGCCCAGUGGAGACAUGGACCCUGGCCUGGUCUCCCUCAGACAGGAGUUCCUGCUCAGGGUGUUGACAGGCUGGGUGACGACCCAGAGGGAGGCGGUGGAGGGGUCUGGGUCAGGGGACAAGACGUGGCCCUCUCUGUGUCUGGACCUGGGACUCCUGCUGCAGGUCAACCCGGACAUCCUGCGCAGACAUCUGGUGUGUGAGCUGUACAACCAGGGUCUGGACCCACGGGCAGAGCAGGUGAUGUUUGAGGUGGAGGAUAAGGAUGUGUUGGGUUCCCAGCUGUUGGUUCUAACAGGCCAGAGGCUGAGCUACUCCCUGCUCCACACCCAGACCCAGACCCGGCCCGCCAUGGAGCUGCUGGCUCGCCUCCCCCCCACACUCUGCACCUGGCUCAAGGCUAUGGACCCCAGUGAGCUGGGGUGCCCAUCGGUGCCCCUGAGUCAGACCAGCAGGCUGGUGAGCCGCCUCAUAGAGAUCCUACCUGAGAACCACGGCCAGUACAGCCUGGCACUACACCUACUGGAGGCUGUGGAGGACCUGCAGAGAGACGACUGAGAAAGGGGGAGUAGAAGACCUGCAGAGAGAGGACAGAGAGGGGGAGAGAGGGAGUAGAAGCGAGGGAACUAGAUGGGCUUCUGUGCAUUUUCGUUCUUGCUUUUCUUGCUAGCAUCCAAUAUAGGAGUGAGAGAGUGGUAGUGAACUGGUAUAUUACCUAUCAUGUACAGUACAGGAAGUAGAGGUACCCUGUUAUGAGGGAGACUUGUGUUCAAUUGAGAAAAAGGUUGAAUCUAAUUAAGUGUAAAUGAUAGGAGGGUAGGAUGGGUUUUUAAUUUAAUUCAGUGCUCACUCAUCUUACUCCAAUUCAAAUAAGUAACAUUGUAUUAGGUUGAUCAAUGUCCAAGUCUGUAUUUCAGAAUGGAAUAUGGGGGGCCUAGAUGGAGUUGGAUGUCACUUUUUGUCUCCCAGCUAUACCUAGCAGCCCCAGUACUCUACCUUUUAACAUACUUAAAACCCACUCAAAAGGGGGUUGCAGGGUGUGUGCCGUAUGAUUGUUCAGUAAGCAUCCCUCCCUCAAAUGUGAUGUAUGAUACAUGCUGCAGUACUGUUCUGUAGCUGUAAUCUAGACACUGGCUGAGGGACCCCACUGGGGGCAGACAGCAGAAUAAAAAAGUUUAAUGCUCA